AUGAGUGAAGUUGAGUUUGUUUGGAAGAGCGGUACGCCGAGCGAGGUUGUAGUUACUGGUGAUUUUGACGAGUGGAAGUGUAGUCACAAGCUAGAGAAGCGCGGCGAUGAGUUUCGCGGUGUGGUUCCGGUGAAGUUUACUGCGCCAAAGGUAUACUUCAAGUUUGUUGUGGACGGUGAGUGGGUUGCCAGUGGUGACUACAAGCGUGAGAGCAAUGACCUCGGAAGUGAAAACAACUAUAUCACAAAGGAAGAUGCGCGUAUGGGUAGCAUGGACGCGUCCAUGGAUGCCGCACCAAAGGGCACUGCACCAAUGAGUUCAUCUACUGAUGGUCUUCAAAGUACUACUACACAUGAACUGACAUCUGAAGUUGAGAGUCAAGUGAAAGGCUCUGGUGAGCAAAGGAAGAAGUUCAAGAUUAAGCGUGUGGUAAAGACGAACAAGAAGACCGGUGAGCGUGAGGUUGUGUCACAAGAAGUUAUCGCACUAGAUGAAAAUGACCAACCAAUUACAGAGUCUAUGGAGAAUACACCAACUGCCGAGCCAAUGAUGGAAGACGCUAAAGCAGAUACCAUGGAAGAGAACAAGAAGGAGGAGAAAAUGGCUGCCCCUAUGGCUGCGGAAGAGAAGAUGAACGGUGACUCCGUUAAGAAGAGUGAGCCAAUGAAGAGCGAAAACAAGCCAAUGGCUGAACAAAAGAAGCCUAUGGCCAAUGGCAAGCCUAUGACCAACUCCACCAAGAACGGUAAGCAACCAGAAAAAAAAUCCUUUAUGAAGAAAGUCAAAACUUUCUUUGCUCCUCGUCAAUCUUUGUGA